ACUCACUGAGUCGGGCACUCGGGAUGCGUCUUCUCGAAAGAGAUCUUUCUGGAACUGUCCCGUUGGAACUCUCUAGACACACUCUCCCCAUUCUCUCCCAUUAAAGCCUCCCCCUCCCCUCUCUCAUGGCUGAUCAACGAGAAGAAGUCGAAGGACCUGCAUUUCAAGAACCUUGCUGCAUUCGCUUCCCUUGCAAUCGUUCCUCUGUUUCCUGAGCCCGUCCGAAGCCAACGCUAGCCAUGGACGACGACUUGGAGUUCCCCACUUCGGGCAACGUCGAGGACAACGAGGACAUGGACAUGGACGUCCCCGAGGACGACCCGGUGAGCCCCGUUCUCAAGGUCGGCGAAGAGCGAGAGAUCGGGAAGGCGGGGCUCAAGAAGAAGCUCGUCAAGGAAGGCGAAGGGUGGGAGACCCCGAAUGCCGGCGAUGAUGUCGAAGUUCAUUACACGGGGACUCUGCUCGAUGGGACCAAGUUCGAUUCGAGCCGCGAUCGUGGGACGCCAUUCAAAUUCAAGCUCGGUCGAGGUCAAGUGAUCAGGGGAUGGGAUGAAGGAAUCAAGACUAUGAAGAAGGGCGAGAAUGCCAUAUUCACCAUCCCUCCGGAACUUGCCUAUGGUGAAGCGGGAUCCCCUCCCACCAUUCCUCCUAAUGCUACCCUUCAAUUUGAUGUGGAGUUGCUCUCGUGGACGAGCGUCAAAGAUAUAUGCAAGGAUGGAGGGAUCCUCAAGAAAGUUCUUGUGGAAGGAGAGAAGUGGGAGAAUCCCAAGGACCUAGAUGAGGUCUUUGUUGAAUGUGAAGCAAGCCUUGAAGACGGGACACCCAUUUGGAAAUCAGAUGGAGUGGAGUUCACUGUGGGUGAUGGGUAUUUCUGCCCAGCUUUGGCUAAGGCUGUAAAGACGAUGAAGAAAGGAGAGAAGGUUCUGUUGACUGUGAUGCCGCAAUAUGCAUUUGGGGAGACUGGUAGACCGGCUUCUGGGGAUGAGGUCGCUGUUCCCCCCAAUGCUAGCCUCCAAAUUAUGCUUGAGUUAGUCUCUUGGAAAACUGUUUCUGAUGUGACCAAAGACAAGAAGGUCUUGAAGAAAAUUUUGAAGGAAGGAGAGGGGUAUGAGCGUCCGAAUGAUGGGGCAGUGGUUCAAGUGAAACUCUCUGGUAAACUGCAUGAUGGAACUGUGUUUGUGAAGAAGGGAGACAACGAGGAGCCAUUUGAGUUUAAAAUAGACGAGGAACAAGUGAUCGAUGGACUUGACAGAGCUGUCAAAAACAUGAAGAAAGGGGAGGUGGCAUUGGUAACAAUUCAGCCGGAGUAUGCUUUUGGCCUGACCGAGUCUCAACAAGAUCUGGCAGUGGUUCCUGCCAACUCAACUUUGUAUUAUGAGGUCGAGCUGCUAUCAUUUGUUAAGGAGAAAGAAUCAUGGGAGAUGAACAAUCAGGAGAAGAUUGAAGCUGCAGCAAGGAAGAAGGAAGAGGGUAAUGCUUCGUUCAAGGCUGGAAAAUAUGAGAGGGCUUCAAGGAGAUAUGAGAAGGCAGCGAGGUUUAUCGAAUAUGAUUCAUCAUUCAGUGAUGAGGAGAAGCAGCAGGCAAGGACCCUGAAGAUCAGCUGUAACCUUAAUAAUGCAGCUUGCAAAUUGAAACUCAGAGACUUCAAGGAGGCCGAGAAAUUGUGCACUAAGGUAUUGGAAGCGGACAGUAAAAAUGUUAAGGCGCUCUACCGGAGGGCUCAAGCUCACAUACAACUUGUUGAUUUGGAUCUAGCAGAACAGGACAUCAAAAAGGCGUUAGAAAUCGACCCUAACAACAGGGAAGUGAAACUGGAGUACAAGAUACUGAAAGAGAAAGUGAGGGAGUAUAAUAAGAGAGAUGCCCAAUUCUAUGGAAAUAUGUUCCCCAAGAUGAACAAACUGGAGCAAGCAAGAACAGCGGAUAGGGUUUCUAGCGCCGGGGGCAAUGUUGAGGAAAAACACAAGUGACAAGACCCGGAUCUGCACCAAGCGUCAUCAAUUUGAGAAGGAUAUUUCAAGUGGAUAUGGAGGGCCCAUCUGUGGACACCAGCAGCAGAUGACAGCCAUGGCGAUUUUCCGAGUGUUGGAGAUCCAUUUAUUUCUCUUGGCUGUGGAGAUGUCGAGUGGAUGGGAAGAAACUCUCAAAGUGGGGUCGAGCCAGCAGGAUGCCCAUGGUCCUACCCUCGCGUUUUGCUGCUGGAGCCCAAACCAGACAACUCCACGAGCGACUGUUCCUUGGCAGAUCCGUCAAGCCAUGGAAACCGUGGAACAAAAAGCUGCUGGGUCUUGUCUUCUGUGACAUGAAUCUUUUGCCCUAGCUCCCUGUGGACCAAUGCUGUUUCGGUUUUAGACUUGGGAUGAAAGGAAGGAAGGAAGGAAGGAAGGGAGAAGGGGGAAGGCAGCCAGUACCACCAGAAACCCUAGCCACUCGUCCUGUCGUCAUCAGUAUGCGUAUUCAAAUGGGAUGGUAUUGAAUGAUGUAGGGUGGUGUUUGUUGUGUACCAUCUAACGCAAAUGAGGCCAAGGGCAAUUUAAUGUUCGGGUGUGUGGGGCUUGAGAGUGACCAAUACAUUCAACACCAAGCAUUUCGUCUGCCUGCCUAAAUGGGAGAAGAGAAGUUAUCAGCAAGAAGUCAGGAUUUUGUCCUUGGAAGAUGUUGCUGAAUGCCUAAUGGAGGGAGAACAGAGAUUGAAGGCUGGGUUUUGCUCGGUUUUGCUCCUCUUUUCCCACAGGAAACACAUGAAUCCGCCGGACGGACGGACAUUACUUAGAGGGACAAUGACAUAAACGGUCAUUAAAUUUUUAGUUUGUUCAAUGUGCCUCUGAGUUUUUGGCAAUGUUCAACUUAGUUUCUGAAUUAGAUAAAAGCUAUUCAGUGUUUUCCUUCCAUUAAUUUAAGUUUAGGAACAUCAUUGAACAUUUUCAUAUAAUUUUGAGAUCAAAUUAGACAUGUAUAAAAAAUUUAAAAAUCA